AUGACUCUCCAUGCCAACUUCUCUGCUUCCAGCAACACCACCCCAGAGAUGUUUUUCCUGACGGGCAUCCCUGGGCUGGAAGGGAUGCACCGCUGGAUUUCCAUCCCCUUCAGCACAGCGUUUGCCAUCGCCCUUGUGGGGAACAGUACCCUCUUGUAUGUGAUAAAGACAGAGCCCUCUCUCCACAAGCCCAUGUUCUAUUUCCUUUCCAUGUUGGCCGUCACUGACUUGGUGCUGUCCCUCACCACCUUGCCCAAGAUGCUGAGCAUCUUCUGGUUCAACGCGCAGGCGAUCCCCUUCAAGGCCUGCCUUGUGCAGAUGUUUUUCCUUCACUCCUUCUCCAUCAUAGAGUCAGCAGUGCUGCUGGCCAUGGCUUUCGACAGGUACGUUGCUGUGUGCAACCCGCUGCGAUACAGCUCCAUCCUGACCAGCUCCCUGAUAGUGAAGAUUGGGCUCUUGGCCGUGCUCAGGGCAUCGGGGCUCAUGCUGCCCCUGCCCUUCCUGCUCCGCCGCCUGCCCUAUUGCCGCUCUCACGUCAUCUCCCACUGCUACUGCGAGCACAUGGCCGUGGUGAAGCUGGCCUGUGCUGACACCAGGGUCAACAAUAUCUACGGCAUCUUUGUGACUUUCUUUAUUGUGGGGUUGGAUCUGCUGUCCAUUGGGCAUUCCUACCUAAGGAUCCUGAGGACUGUGUUUAGCCUGGCAACCAAGGAGGAGAAACUGAAAGCAUUUGGCACCUGCCUUGCCCACAUUUGUGCCAUCUUGGUCUUCUACAUCCCUGUGCUUCUCUCAUCAGUCAUCCACAGGUUUGGUCACCACAUUGCCCCUCAUGUGCACAUCUUGAUGGCCAAUCUGUACCUCCUCCUCCCUCCUGUGAUGAAUCCUAUAGUGUAUGGCAUGAAAACCAAAGAGAUCCGUGAGCGGGUGCGCAUUGCCUUUUCUCGCAAGAGGCUCUAA